AUAAAAAAUUCCCCUUCUUUGCGAUCGUCUUCGUAUCUGCGAAACGCCCUCCGCUGCCGGAUUUCGAUUCGGAGCUGCUAUGGACAGGGAAACCAACAGACCUAAGAAAUUAGGGUUUCGACCAAGCAAAGCUCCAAACCCCUCUCCUUCGUCGUCCAGUCCCGUCAGGUUGCGUCCUCGCGAGGAGACCAAACGCGAUUCUACCAGUUCGAUCCACGAAAGGCGGAAUCCCGUACUCGACGAGGAUGAGGAGACCGGCUCGCCGAUUUUUUCCUACUUGGUCGGCACCUGCCCCGACAUGUGCCCUGCGAAGGAGAGACAGCAACGCGAGCGGCUCAGAGAUCUAUCAGUGUUCGAGAGGUUACACGGGGAUCCUUCAAGAACUUCUUCGAAACUCGCCGUGAAGAAGUUUUGUAGAACUAUGUCCAAUGCAGAACUGCAGGAAGUAGAAAUAAGGCCUCUCCCAGUGUUAAGAAGCACAUUGAAGUAUCUUAUGAACUUGGUCGACACAUCAGAUCAACCAUUUGAAGUUGUUCAUGAUUUUGUUUUUGAUAGAACAAGGUCUAUUCGACAAGAUCUCACUAGACAAAAUAUCCUUGAUGAUGAAGCAAUUUGUAUGUAUGAGGAAAUGGUCAAGUUUCACAUUGAAUCACACAAAAAACUUGCAAUGUGUUACACGAAGACUGAUUUGGCUUCACUGUGCUACCUCAACACUGAGCAGCUGAUGAAAUGCCUUGCGACCCUUUUCAAGUUGUUUGAUAUUCAUAGAAGAUCUAGUUCAUUGUACAAGAAUGAAGCCGAGUUUUAUUCAUUUUAUGUGCUUCUCCAUCUAGGGGGCAAGAUCCCCCAAAUGCAGGGUAGUUCACUCUCUUUAUGGUAUCGAAAACUAACUCUUUCAAUUCUUCAAUCAAAUGAAAUGCGCUUUUCCAUGACAUUGAUCAGGUACUCUCAAUUGGGCAAUUUCAAACGUUUCUUUACUAGACUAGAAGCUGAAGCAUCAGAUCUCCAAUUGUGUCUUGUGGAGCCUUUUCUCAGUGAGAUCCGCGCACGAGCAAUAUCGUAUGUCAACCACAGCGGAUACAAGCUGCAGCCUUACCCAUUGAAGCAUUUGUCUGAUGUUCUUAGAAUCAAGGAGUCAGAGCUGGAAGAGCUUUGCCAUGUCUGUGGCCUUGAAACCACUAUGGAUGAAGCAGGGAUGAAAACAUUGCCCGUCAAACAAACAAGUUUCAGCUUACCCAAACUCGGGCUGCCGGUCCAUUCGCUAUCAACUUUUUAGGACAUGGAAGAGGUAUGCCAACACUGUUUGCAACUCUUCCCCAGUUUCUUAUUUCACUGAUUUAGAUGAUGAGACUCUUUUCAGACGUGUGUUGAAGAUUUGAGUGUCCAAUCUGUAUUGAACUCAUUUCUCAUCCUUGAUUCGUCUUAAUAAACCUGGUGAUAAGGGUCUAAACCCGGUUCAGAGGGUCA